AAGGGCGCCAGUCUGUCGGGCGCUCGGCGCCCCGGGCUGGCUGUCGCUCCAAGGUUGCCCGCCGCCACUUCUACACACACGUAUUUCUCGGACGUCUCUGCGUUCUCUCCUAAUCUCUUUCUUUCCUCUGCUCGCUGUGUUUUAUCGCUAUCGCUAUUUUGUACACUACCCACCCUACCCUCUUACCCACGCCCCCGACAAAACACAACAACAAUGCGUUGCUCUUUUGCCCUGACCGCGCUUGCCGCCCUGGCCUCGUCCGCCAUGGGCCGCGUCUACUUUGAGGAGACGUUCUCGUCGCCCGACAGCAUCGACCAGUUCAAGCCAUCCGAGGUCCGCGAGGACCUGGGCAGCAUCAAGCUGUCGCCCGGCAAGUGGUACGCCGACAAGGAGAACAGCGUCGGCCUGCAGAUUGCCGACGAUGCGCGGUUCUACGCGUACUCGGCCAAGCUGAAGCGCCCGUUCAACACCAAGGGCAAGGAUUUCGUUGUGCAGUUCACCGUCAAGUACGAGCAGGACAUUGACUGCGGCGGCGCCUACCUGAAGCUGCUGCCGCCGACCUUCGAUCCGGCCAAGUUCGAGGGCGAGUCGCCGUACGAGGUCAUGUUCGGCCCCGACAUCUGCGGCUCGACCAACCGCCGCGUGCACGCCAUUAUCAACUACAACAGCACGAACAACCAGAUUGACAAGGUCAUCCAGCCGCGCGGCGACCAGCUGUCGCACCAGUACACGUUCUGGGUGAAGUCCGACAAGACCUUCGAGAUCCGCAUCGACAACAAGGUCCAGGAGGAAGGCAAGAUUGAGGACUUCUGGAAGGUUCUGCCUGAGCGCCAGAUCCCUGACCCCGAUGCCAAGAAGCCUGAGGACUGGGUUGACGGGCCCGUCAUGAUCGACGACCCCGAGGACGAGAAGCCUGAGGACUGGGUUGAUGGCCCAGCCACCAUUCCCGACGCCGAGGCCAAGAAGCCUGAGGACUGGGACGAUGACAUGGACGGCGACUGGGAGCCGCCCAUGGUCAACAACCCUGAGUACAAGGGCGAGUGGAAGCCGCGCAAGAUCAAGAACCCCGAGUACAAGGGCGAGUGGGCGGCGCCGCUGAUCGACAACCCCGACUUUGAGGAGGACGAGGACCUGGCCGUCUUCAACAUUGGCUAUGUCGGCAUCGACGUCUGGACCGUCAAGUCUGGCACCAUCUUCAACAACAUCCUGAUCACCGACGAUAUUGAGUACGCCGGUGAGUUCGGUAACUCCACAUGGGCCAACUACGUCGAGGCUGAGGUCGAGGCCAAGAAGGUCGUUGAUGAGGAGGAGGCCAAGAAGGCCGAGGAGGAGCGCAAGGCCCGCGAGGAGAAGGAGGCUGCCGAGAAGGCUGAGAAGGAGGCCGAGGAGGCUGAGAAGGAGGACAAGAAGGCCAAGGAGGAUGUCGACGAUGAGCUCGAUGAGGAUGACAAGGACGAGACCACCGCUGCUGUUGAGGCCGAGGCUGAGGCUGAGGCUGAGGCUGAGCCCGAGGUUGAGGUCAAGGAGAAGAAGGAGGAGGAGAAGGCUGCUGCCGCUGCCGAGAAGGCUGCUGCCGCUGCCAAGAAGGCUGCCAAGAAGGAGGCUGCCGCGAAGGCUGCCGCGAAGGCGAAGAAGGCUGCCGAGGCUGCCAAGCAGGCUGCCAAGGAGGCUGCCGAGGCCGAGGCUGCCCUCAACGACGAGGACGAUGAGGAGGCUCCUGCUCACGACGAGCUCUAAACUCGUAAUGAGCCUGGAUCUUUCCACACAAAAGCUAUAGUUUCCUUUCUCUA